AAUGAGUAACUCCGCCGCCUUUAGGGCCGCGCUGAUGGAGGCCAGCGGACGGGAGCCGGCUGGGGUGUCGCGCCCCCAGUCCUUCUAAGUGCCGAGCGGGACGCUCGACGGAAGCCGCCCGAGAACAGCGGCCUCCGGGCCCUGGACCCGCGCGCGCGCCGCGGGGCUGGCGCGGUCCCUGCAGCGACGGGGCGUGGGACUAAGGGCAGCGAAAGUUGCAGCCAUGGCUCUGGGGCUCUUCCGGGUGUGUCUGGUGGUGGUGACAGCCAUCAUCAACCACCCGCUGCUGUUCCCGCGGGAGAAUGCCACGGUCCCCGAGAAUGAGGAGGAGAUCAUCCGCAAGAUGCAGGCGCACCAGGAGAAGCUGCAGCUCGAGCAGCUGCGGCUGGAGGAGGAGGUGGCCCGGCUGGCGGCCGAGAAGGAGGCGCUGGAGCGGGUGGCGGAGGAAGGCCAGCAGCAGAACGAGAGCCGCACAGCCUGGGACCUGUGGAGCACCCUGUGCAUGAUCCUCUUCCUGGUGAUCGAGGUGUGGCGGCAGGACCACCAGGACGCGCCUUCACCCGAGUGCCCGGGCGGGGACGAGGACGAGCUGCCCGGCCUGGAGGGUGCCCCGCUCCGGGGCCUCACCCUGCCCAACAAGGGCACGCUCGACCACUUCUAUGAGCGCUGCAUCCGGGGGGCCACGGCCGACGCGGCCCGCACCCGGGAGUUUGUGGAAGGCUUUGUGGAUGACCUGCUGGAGGCCCUGAGGAGCCUCUGCAACCGCGACACGGACAUGGAGGUGGAGGACUUCAUUGGCGUGGACAGCAUGUAUGAGAACUGGCAGGUGGACAGGCCGCUGCUGUGCGACCUCUUCGUGCCCUUCAUGCCCCCCGAGCCCUACCACUUCCACGCAGAGCUCUGCUGCUCCCGCCACCCCGUGCCCUUGGAUCGCCAGGGCUACGGCCAGAUCAAGGUGGUCCGGGCCGACGAGGAUCCCCUGGGCUGCAUCUGCGACAAGACCAAGCUCGGGGAAGACAUGCUGUGUCUCCUCCAUGGCAAGAAGAGCCUGGCGCGGCCAGGCAGCGAGGUGGAAACCCUGCUGUGUGCCAGAGGCGCCCCAUACCUGGACGCGAUGCAGGUCAUGAAAUGGUUCCAGACGGCCCUCACCAGAGCCUGGCACCGCAUUGCCCACAAAUACGAGUUUGACCUGGCAUUUGGUCAGCUGGACUCCCCUGGGUCCCUCAAGAUCAGGUUCCGCUCAGGGAAGUUCAUGCCCUUCAACCUGAUUCCUGUGAUCCAGUGUGACGACUCGGACCUGUACUUUGUCUCACACCUUCCCAGGGAGCCCUCUGGGGACGCCCCGGCAUCCAGCACUGACUGGCUCCUGUCCUUUGCCGUCUACGAGCGACAGUUCCUCAGGAUGACGUCGAAGGCGCUGCCUGAGGGUGCCUGUCACCUCAGCUGCUUGCAGAUCGCCUCCUUCCUGCUGUCCAAGCAGAGCCGCCUGACUGGCCCCAGUGGGCUCAGCAACUACCACCUCAAGACAGCCCUCCUGCACCUGCUGGUCUCCCGGCGGCCCGCCGACUGGGAGGCCGGGCAGCUCGAUGCUCGCCUGCACGAGCUGCUCCGAUUCCUGGAGAAGAGCCUGCUGGAGAAGAAGCUCCAUCACUUCUUCAUUGGCAACCGCAAGGUGCCCAAUACCAUGGGACUCCCUGAGGCCGUUCGCAGGGCCGAGCCUCUCAACCUCUUCCGGCCCUUCGUCCUGCAGCGAAGUCUCUACCGGAAGACGGUGGACUCCUUCUAUGAGAUGCUGAAGAACGCCCCAGUGCUCAUUAGCGAGUAUUCCCUACAUAUCCCCUCAGACCAUGCCAGCCUGCCCCCAAAAGCUGUUGUCUUGUAAAGUAUCCAGGACCCAGAGGGCCGGGGUGUGGGGUGCAGGACACCCCACAUGUCCACACCUCUGGGGGUGUCUACAGGGCCUGUCCUGGGAAAACAGUGGGCUUUGUUGGGAGCCUCAGCCCGCCAGGGAAUCCAGGCCCUACAGCCCGGAGGAAAGAAUCCCACACUGGAAGCUGGUUUGCUUUCAUGCCAACUGGGGCCUACUGGUGAGGUUACAGUCUGGGUUUGGUGGACGCCCUGCAGCUUACUUUUGGAUCACCACAAAUGGCCAAGAGGAUGAUGAAGUACUCCAAGGACACUAAGUUAAAGACAACACAAACAUCGAUUUGAGUGCAGUUUUUACCUCCUAGGUCCAGUCUUUACUUGGAUAUCAAUAGACGAUCUCUAGGAGGGCUGACAGGGUAGCAUGUUAAGACCCUGCACCCUGUUUCCAGUCACUCUUGGCCCCGGCCAUCUGCACCCAAGGCACUAAUAGGGACAGCCGUGGGAAUUUGCAACCUUCUGUCCACAGCCUGCAAAACAGGAAUCUAACUGCAGCUGCCAUUUUUUAAGCUAUUUGGAAAAAAGACCAGGUAGAGAUUCGAGGCCCCAAGAGGCCAGUGUCUCUGUUGCACAGAAGUGGGUACUUGGUGGCAGAGAGAAGUUUCAUGUGGCCGCUUUUUCAGCUACACGUCUCAGGGUGCACCCCCUCACCCUACCCCUUCCCCCAGUGUGCCGAACUCUGUGGGUGCCACACACCGUGCAGGGUACAAGCUCCACGGCCCCUCACCCCUCUGUAUUCUCUCCACAGCCGGUAUCUACAUGGUGGGGGAGGGCAGAUACCGAAGGUGGAAGCUCCAAGAGACACAGGGUGAGUGGGAUAAAGGAUAGCACCUACACCCAGGGUACUCUGGUCUGGUUCGCAGCCUGGCCUCUGAUGCCCGGUUUAGAGAAAGUUGCAGAGCUGAGAAGUGACAGAUGCUGUAGCCCUGAGUUUUCUUCAGCAGGGUGUCGGUCCCAAAGCAGGAGCGCCUGGAGGCCAGGGGAGACCCAGCUCCAUCUGUUGGCCCCAAGACUUGCUCUCUCUAGUGGGGCUCCCUCACUGCACAGAACCCUCUUUUCUGGAAGGGGCCUUGCCAGCCACACAGAUGACCAAGACCCGGAGAGGCUCAGCUGACUGGGAGCACACAGGGAUGGUAGUGCAGACCCAGCCCCCAAACCCCAGAGAGGUCACCUCAGUGCGGCCGGGGGCCCCGGUCACUGGGCAGGUGCCAGGGCCUGUGGUGGGCGCUGGCCUGUCUCCAGGCCUGUUUAGGGGGGUUGGGAAGCCACUCCUCCUCCACUUGUGGCUUCACUGGCCCUUUGGGAGUUCCUCUCAUGGCAUUGCCUCAGUAACCCUUACAGCAAGCCGAGGGGGAGGCAAGAAUGAGGGCGCCUGCACCAGCACCUGGGUUCCCCUCCAGGGUUUAAGCCAGCCACGCCUACUGAACAGCCUACCCGGUCCACCAGGCUGUCAGGCUCACCAUGAGCUGCAGAGGAUCCCGUCCUGACCCCAGAGGUCCUCUCACCUGGCCCCAGGGGCUCUGGAAGAUGGACAACCGGUUUGCCUGCCAGGGUUUACUCGCAGCAGGCUGGGCUGUGAUGGAACACUGAAACCUGUAGGAACACUUCCGUGUGAGCCGGAGUCAGACUGCACAGACUGGCGGCUGGGGCUGCAGGGAAGGGGCAUGCCCACGUGGCCCCCAACAGUAGCCCCAGGCCCCCCAUUCAGCUGGGACUUGUUUACAGAGUUGGGUUGAAUUUCCAUAUUUAUUAUUGCCCGUGCCUUGCAUUCCCCCCUCCUUCAUCCGUAUCUUAUUGUGCUUGGAGACCCCACAGCCAGGAACCAGCCUCCAGAAGCCAGGACCAAGCCUGAACCUCCCUUGACUCCCAGAAGAAAGUUCACUGAAAAAUAACCUUCUGGCCUCUUGUUUAUUCAGAGAUGCCAACUCAGCGGGGAAAUGGGGGUCUUUAUGCAGCAAAGCUGCUUCUGAAGCAGAGAGCAGCAGGGCUCUCGGUGUUUCAUGCUGCCUUAUUUAUAUUAAAGGAAGAAUUAAAUUCUUACAAGAAGUAGAAA